GGACCCGAUUAUCUCGCGUACCUGGUAAUCAAGCUAUUUCCCCCAACUGCCCUCUCUCCCGACGCCAGUCCCCUGCGCCCCUUCCCCGCCGUCCCUCUCCCUGCGCCGCCUCUGCUCGGGCUCCGGCGUGGCGGCGUGCCUCACCCCUGCCCUGGAGUACGCCGCCGCCCAGGAACCGCGCCGGCCCCUCUGCCGCCCAGGAACCGCGCCGGCCCUCUUCCCAAGUGCCGGCGGCGGCUAGAUCUGGCGGGGGCUGUAGGUCGAGGAAUACCCGCUGCUGCCUCACUCGUUUUUGGUACACGGACUGACGGACUAGGUUGUUUUUUUUUGUUGUUGUAACAGAACAAGUCCCCCAAAAUUCCAAAACCCCACGUCUCAUCGCGCCGCCGCCAGUGCCGCUACCGCCGAGAAAUCCGCGGCGAUGGCCAUGGCCCGGCGUUCAGGCUCCCAUCUCCUCUCCUCCUUCCGCCCUUUCUCCCUCCUCCUCCAGCCGCCCCUCGCUGAUGCCCCUUCGCCGGCGGCCUCGGCCGCGGUGGCCUCAGCUCGGCGGGCUCUGUCGUCGGCGUCGGCCCUGCGGGCGCGGGACGAGAAGGACGCGGCGCGGUGGCGGGAGUCGAUGGACCGGAUGCGGAACAUCGGCAUCUCCGCGCACAUCGACUCCGGGAAGACGACGCUGACAGAGCGGGUCCUCUACUACACCGGCCGGAUCCACGAGAUUCACGAGGUUCGCGGGCGCGACGGUGUUGGCGCCAAGAUGGAUUCCAUGGACCUCGAGCGCGAAAAGGGAAUCACCAUCCAGUCCGCUGCCACCUACUGCACCUGGAAGGGGUACCAGGUUAAUAUUAUUGAUACUCCAGGUCAUGUGGAUUUCACCAUUGAGGUUGAAAGGGCACUCCGUGUUCUUGAUGGUGCUAUACUUGUGCUAUGUAGUGUUGGUGGCGUACAAAGUCAGUCGAUCACUGUUGAUCGGCAAAUGAGAAGAUAUGAAAUUCCAAGGGUUGCGUUCAUUAACAAGUUGGACCGUAUGGGAGCUGAUCCAUGGAAGGUUCUUAACCAGGCACGUUCCAAGCUCCGGCACCACAAUGCAGCUGUACAAGUACCCAUAGGAUUAGAAGAGGAGUUCGAGGGUCUUGUUGAUCUUGUAGAAAUGAAGGCUUAUAAGUUCGAGGGUUCUAGUGGCCAGAAUGUCACUGCAUAUGAUGUCCCAUCGAACAUGGCAGAUUUAGUCAAUGAGAAGCGACGUGAACUUAUUGAAGUUGUUUCCGAAGUAGACGAUCAACUUGCUGAAGCUUUUCUCAACGAUGAGCCAAUAACAGCUAAUCAGCUUAAGGCGGCUAUUCGAAGAGCAACAGUGGCACGGAAGUUCAUACCAGUCUACAUGGGAAGUGCAUUCAAAAAUAAGGGUGUUCAACCACUUCUUGAUGGUGUGCUGGACUAUCUACCAUGCCCAUUGGAGGUUGACAACUACGCCCUUGAUCAAAACAAUUCGGAAGAGAAGGUAUUAUUGGCUGGGACUCCAGCUGAGCCACUUGUGGCAUUAGCAUUUAAGCUAGAAGAAGGCCGUUUUGGUCAGCUGACAUAUCUAAGAAUCUAUGAUGGUGUGAUUCGGAAGGGUGACUUCAUAUACAAUGUCAAUACAGGGAAGAAAAUCAAAGUUCCUCGCUUGGUAAGGAUGCACUCCAAUGAGAUGGAGGAUAUUCAAGAAGCACAUGCUGGCCAAAUUGUUGCUGUUUUUGGUGUUGAUUGUGCAUCAGGCGAUACAUUUACUGAUGGAACAGUGAAAUAUACUAUGACUUCAAUGAAUGUCCCUGAACCUGUGAUGUCUUUGGCAGUUUCGCCUAUAUCUAAAGAUUCUGGAGGACAAUUUUCAAAAGCUCUUAAUCGCUUCCAAAAGGAGGAUCCUACUUUCCGUGUCGGUUUGGAUCCGGAGAGUGGACAGACAAUUAUUUCAGGGAUGGGUGAGCUGCAUUUGGAUAUAUAUGUUGAACGUAUUAAGAGAGAGUACAAGGUGGAUGCGAAGGUAGGAAAACCUCGUGUUAACUUCAGGGAAACUAUCACUCAGCGCGCUGAAUUUGAUUACUUGCACAAAAAGCAAUCUGGUGGUCAAGGUCAAUAUGGACGAGUUUGUGGGUACGUUGAACCUCUUCCAUCAGGUUCUGGUGGUAAAUUUGAAUUUGACAACAUGAUUAUCGGACAAGCAAUUCCUUCAAACUUUAUACCAGCAAUAGAGAAGGGUUUUAGGGAAGCUUGUAAUUCGGGUUCAUUGAUUGGGCAUCCUGUUGAAAAUAUCAGAAUUGUACUGACUGAUGGGGCUUCACAUCAAGUGGAUUCCAGUGAACUUGCUUUUAAGCUAGCUGCUAUCUAUGCUUUUAGACAGUGUUACACUGCUGCCAAACCUGUAAUAUUAGAACCUGUGAUGAAGGUUGAACUGAAAUUUCCGACCGAGUUCCAGGGAACAGUAACUGGCGACAUGAACAAGAGAAAAGGGAUCAUAGUUGGAAAUGAGCAGGAAGGUGACGACACAAUUGUAGUUUGCCAUGUUCCUCUAAACAAUAUGUUUGGAUACGCAACAGCGAUUCGAUCAGUGACUCAGGGGAAAGGAGAAUUUACAAUGGAGUAUCUAGAGCACAAUAUUGUCUCGCAAGAUGUACAGAUGCAAUUAGUGAAUUCAUACAAGGCGGCCAAGGGCACAGAGUGACUCUUCUGGAUUACAGAGGAACAAAUUUUGUUUACAGUUUAUAUGUUAAUUUGCAAUGAUUCAUACUAAAUGGUUUGAAGCAAAUAUACAAGCAUGCUUAGGGAUGGCAAUGGGUACCCGAAAUCCGAAACCCGACGGAUUUUUGCUCCAUUAGGGUACGGGUUUGAGUCAACUUUUAGACCCGUGAGUUUGUUAAUGGGCACAAAGUCCUACCCGUUGGGUUUAUGGGCAUGGGUUUGUUCCUAUAAUACCCAAAUUCGUGAACCCAUGGGUUUUUUAAACCCGAUCCAACAUAGAGCAAUUGUCAUUUUAUUUUGUGAGAUUAUAACAAAUUUAACAUCUCUUUCCUACAAUUCUUACUUCACCUUAUUGUUUAUAUAUGCAUAUGAUGGAUUUGUAACAUUUUAUGGUGUUUCGAUCAUUUAAAUAUAGAGUUUGUUAUUUAUA